AUGGGUCCCUACUCCUUCCUCAACAUCUGUCCCUCUGACUCUCCCCUUCCUCUUCUCCUGGCUCAGCUUGAUACCACCAUCCUCAAGGAUACCCUCUCUGCCCUCACUGAGCUCAACAAUACCCAGACCAUGAAGAAAUCCUACCAGUAUCUUGUCUCUCUCUUCAAUAGGCCACCUCCAGAGCAGCUCUCCACACAAGCACUCAAGGAGAGGGAGGACCUGAUGUGCAAGUUGGAGCAGCUCAAGGCGCAAGUGGAGAAUGCCAUGCUCCCCAACCCUGGCAGUGACAUGCAUGUGUCCCUCAUGCUUGAUGGCAUUGAACACCCUGAACAUUGGGAGAACCAAAAGGGCGAGUACCAGAUGUUCAAUGUGAAGAAGGGCAUCAAGGAGUGGAAUGAAAUCAAGACCCACCUCCAGAACUCACUCAGCAAGAUCCUAGAGAACAGCUUCCACAUGGUUGCUCAAGUCUCUCUCCAAGACAACUGUUCAGCCAAUCAAGUCUCCAGUUGA